AUGCCCGCAGAAGGCCGAGCAGCCCAGGAGGGAGCCCUGGCUCCCCAGGCGGCGGCAGGCCGUCAGGCCCAGGAGGCGGUGGAAGACCCAGUAGCCCUGGAGGAGGGCCCCCCUCAAGUCCAGGAGCAGGCAGACCCUCUAGCCCUGGGGGGGGCCCCUCGUCCCCGGGGAGUGGACCCAGCUCCCCGGGCGGUGGCGGACCCUCCAGGCCGGGAGCUGGGGGCCCAUCUGGCCCAUCAGGUGGAGGCCCCUCUGGACCAAGUGGUGGGAGUCCUAGUCCGGGAGGUGGGAGGCCCUCUGGACCAGGAACUGGGGGCCCCUCUGGCCCAAGUGGAGGACGCCCUUCAAGACCCGGCGGUGGGGGUUCCUCUAGUCCAGGGAUUGGGGGCCCUUCUGGCCCAAGUGGUGGGGGCCCUUCGGGACCAAGCGGAGGUGGCCGCCCAUCUGGCCCAAGUGGUGGGACCCCUUCGAGACCCGGUGGUGGGAGCCCCUCUGGCCCAAGUAGCGGGGGCCCCUCUGGCCCAAGUGGUGGGGGCCCCUCUGGACCAAGUAGCGGAGGACCCUCUGGGCCAAGUGGAGGACGCCCUUCACGACCCGGUGGUGGGGGCCCCUCUGGCCCAAGUGGUGGGGGCCCCUCGGGCCCAAGUAGCGGAGGCCCCUCUGGACCAAGUGGCGGAAGCCCUUCGCGACCCGGUGGUGGGGACCCCUCUGGCCCAAGUGGUGAAGGCCCCUCUGGCCCAAGUGGUGGGGGCCCCUCUGGACCAAGUGGAGGAAGCCCUUCGCGACCCGGUGGUGGGGGCCCCUCUGGCCCAAGUGGUGGGGGCCCCUCUGGCCCAAGUAGCGGAGGCCCUUCUGGACCAAGUGGUGGAAGCCCUUCGCGACCCGGUGGUGGGGGCCCCUCUGGCCCAAGUGGUGGGGGCCCCUCGGGCCCAAGUGGUGGGGGCCCCUCUGGACCAAGUGGAGGAAGCCCUUCGCGACCCGGUGGUGGGGGCCCCUCUGGACCAAGUGGUGGGGGCCCCUCUGGACCAAGUGGCGGAAGCCCUUCGCGACCCGGUGGUGAAGGCCCCUCUGGCCCAAGUGGUGGGGGCCCCUCUGGACCAAGUGGAGGAAGCCCUUCGCGACCCGGUGGUGGGGGCCCUUCUGGACCAAGUGGUGGGGGCCCCUCUGGACCAAGUGGAGGAAGCCCUUCGCGACCCGGUGGUGGGGGCCCCUCUGGCCCAAGUGGUGAAGGCCCCUCUGGCCCAAGUGGUGGGGGCCCCUCUGGACCAAGUGGGGGCCCCUCUGGCCCAGGUGGCGGUCCUUCUGGCCCAGGUGGCGGCCCUUCUGGCCCCAGUGGUGGGGGCCCCUCUCGCCCAGGUGGCGGUCCUUCUGGCCCAGGAGGAGGGGGCCCCUCUGGUCCAGGUGGCGGUCCUUCUGGCCCUAGUGGUGGGGGCCCCUCUGGCCCAGGUGGCGGUCCUUCUGGACCAGGAGGAGGGGGCCCCUCUGGCCCAAGUGGUGGGGGCCCCUCUGGUCCAAGUGGUGGGGGCCCCUCUGGCCCAGGUGGCGGUCCUUCUGGCCCCAGUGGUGGGGGCCCCUCUGGCCCAGGUGGCGGUCCUUCUGGUCCAGGAGGAGGGGGCCCCUCUGGCCCAGGCGGUGGUGGGGGCCCCUCUGGUCCAGGUGGCGGUCCUUCUGGCCCUAGUGGUGGGGGCCCCUCUGGCCCAGGUGGCGGUCCUUCUGGCCCAGGAGGAGGGGGCCCCUCUGGUCCAAGUGGUGGGGGCCCCUCUGGCCCAGGUGGCGGUCCUUCUGGCCCAGGAGGAGGGGGCCCCUCUGGCCCAGGAGGAGGGGGCCCCUCUGGCCCAGGUGGCGGUCCUUCUGGCCCAGGAGGAGGGGGCCCCUCUGGCCCAAGUGGUGGGGGUCCCUCUGGCCCAGGUGGCGGUCCUUCUGGCCCAGGAGGUGGGGGCCCUUCUGGUCCAGGAGGUGGCGGGGGCCCCUCUGGCCCAGGCGGUGGUGCCGGCCCUCCUGGCCCAGGCGGCGGCGGGGGCCCUCCUGGCCCAGGCGGUGGUGGGGGCCCCUCUGGUCCAAGUGGUGGGGGCCCCUCUGGCCCAGGCGGUGGUGGGGGCCCCUCUGGACCAGGCGGUGGUGGGGGCCCCUCUGGACCAGGCGGUGGUGGGGGCCCCUCUGGACCAGGCGGUGGAUCUGGAUCUCCAGGCGGGGGUGGGCCAUCACGACCUGGAGGAGAUUUUCCCUUGCCUCCUAUUUUGCCGCUCCCUCCCGUGUGGGUUCCCCCAAUAA